AUGACAGAGGUCCGGCCCAGCGCGAUACCAGUUUCCGGCUACGAUCUGACCAACGAGCCAGUCCUGUCAAGUCAACUACCGGUAAGGUACGAAGGCAAGCCACAACACCAGAAGAAACCAAGCAUCAAAGUGGAAAUCCACCAGGACAAUCCGCCAUUGCCCACAAGCGGUCAGGCUUUUAGGGCGAAGCGAAGCCCGAGCGCUAGCCCAAGAUCACCCACUGCACGACCGGAACUUCAGUACCAAUAUGCGACGCUACAAAACAAACUGGACCAGAUCAGUAGUACGUGUUCUCCAUACAUGGAUGUUGAGGCUGCGGAACCUCAAGAUCUCACGUUUGAAAAGAUAGUAGAACACACUAAAGCUUUUGCUUUCGAUCUGCAAGUGUGGGCUCAUCUUGCGAAUCUCGACGGUAUGGCUACGGUGGAUAAGCGUAAGAGAGAAGUCGUGGACGCCGCAUCGCGAAGCCUAGACCGUCUAUUGUAUCUGGUGGCAGCAUUGAACGACGCUUGCUCUGAGGCCAAGCCGAGGGACCUGAAGUUCAAAAAGCUUCCUGAGGUCGACGACGAGACGUUGUUCGAGGACGAGGAUGACGACAGCCUAGACGGCAUUGAGCUGCAAAUCCAGAAUCUGAAGAGAUUGAGUCGAACAUUGCAAGAGGCCACACCGGAUGCAAAAGAUGAGGUCGUGGCAGUCGCGAAGCUCGUAACGGAAACCGUGAGGUACUUCGGCUCGGAAGAGGCACUACAUCGCUAUGGGAUCAAUGAGAAGAUCUCUGGGAGGAGAGGUUUGGAAGAAGCAAGGUACACGAAUUCGCAUUAG